GUAUCCAAGGCUGCAGCAGAUUUAUUGGCAUAUUGUGAUGCUCAUAUUGGAGAAGAUCCCCUUAUUAUUCCAGUGCCUGCAUCUGAAAAUCCCUUUAGGGAGAAGAAACUCUUUUGUACUAUCCUUUGA